UGUAUCAUAUCAGCUUUAAUGGAGCGCCAAAUUAAUUUACUAACAAUUUUUUGUCAUUUAUUAUAAUCAUAUUACGCUUUUUGUGGUAUUUUAUGUCAAUAGUAUUCUUCUUUUAAAAACUUUCUUAUAAUCUUUCAACUUGGUGGGCAGCACUUGAAGUGCUUUCUAGAUUGUUGGCAAGGCCUUGUGUGACUAGUUUUAAUUUUGACUGAUUGCUAAUAAUAAAAUAAAACUCCUGGUAUUUCUCUUUCGUUUUAUCGUACUCCAUGGCGUUCAGUUCGUACAGCCCGCACUCAUUUGCAAAAGACAUCUCCAUUCUGCUGACGAAGAUCCUCCUGGGAUUCGCUACCUUCGUCCUCUCGGUCGGCCUCAUCUUCGGCUUCCUCUUCAAAUUCCACCCCUCCUCCGUGGGAUGGGUGAUCUUCAUGAAUCACAUUCAUUUUCCGCCGUUCCGCAACUUCUCCGAUCUGGCGGUGUACAAUCUGCAGGGCGAGAACUUCUUCCUGGACAACGGUCCGGUCGCGCUGGGCGUCUGGCAUCUGACCGAGGAUGCAGCGACGCCGUUUGUCUUUGAGAAGCAGGCGCAGUGGACGGAACGCCCAGUGGUGAUGUACAUUCACGGAGCGCAGGGCUCGCGGGCCGCCUAUCAUCGCAUCCAGAUGUACCAGUUGCUGCGGCGCAUGGGCUGUCCGGUGGUGACGUUUGACUAUCGGGGAUACGGGGAUUCCAGUGGAGUGCCGACGUCCGAGUUGGAUCUGCUGGAUGAUGCAUCCGCGGUGUAUCGGUGGGCCGUGAAGAAAUAUCCCAACCGUCCUAUUUUUUUCUGGGGCCAUUCCCUGGGCACCGGUGUAUCGGUGCGCCUGGUGCAGACUCUGGAAGCGGCCAGCUCACGCAUUUCCGGUCUCAUCCUAGACAGCCCAUAUUCCAGUAUGUUCGAUGUGAUGCGAUCCAGUCCGCUGUUAUUCCCGUUCCAUCAAGUGCCGGCGUUUACGGAGAUUUUGUUGGACGCUCUGGAAGAGGUGCACAUGACGCUGAAUAGCUCGGAGAGGGUGCAGCACACCCGUGUGCCUCUGCUUAUCCUGCACGCGGAAGACGACUGGGUCAUUCCCGUCAGUUUGGGAAGGAAACUGUAUGAUGUUGCCAAACAGCGAGGAGCGAAUGUGGUGACGGAAUUCGUCGAGUACAGCCGGGAGUUCAAAUACGGCCAUCGUGGUAUUUACCGUGAUCCCAAUUUGCCGGUUAUUGUGGCCGAUUUUAUGUCGCGGUCGCUCGAAUGGAGAGAUUCUCCGCAAAGUUUCGAAGUCGACAUUGAACCGCAAACAUGAUUGUGAAUUCCCGGAUUAUGCUGUGAAAUUGCCAAACUACCUGCUGUGAAUUAUACUGAUUGCUCAAAUUUAAAUUCUUUCUUUUUUGCCGUUUUCCAGUUAUUAUUCGAAUUUGUAUACCUGUUUGAUUGUUGAAUACUCGUUUGUGCCUUUGUGCUCGUCUAUAGUUUUUACAGUCUUGUUUUCUUUGUAUGGUAACAUACGAUUAUUUGGUGAUUGUUUCGAAUGCAUUUGCAGAUAGCUGGAAAAGAAUAAAAGAAGUCGUUCUUGCGAA